AUGGCAAUGGACCAGCUCCCCGUGCGCUAUGUGCUAAAUGAGCGUGAACACGAACUGCUACGAAGAUAUCUAUCCAAAGCAUCAUCAAAACAGGAUGUCGUGGGCAAGAACGAAUUCCCAGACAACCGCCCACCACCAACCAACCAAUGCGGCGAUCACAAUGCCGCGGCAUUUCGCUCUGCGUCCCGAGUGUUUGUGCUCACCUUUGGCUCGCUCAAAACCAUGGACUUGAUUCUGUCUCGUCUGGCAUCACGCAGAUCUCCAUCCGCCACUCCGAGAAACCAACUGGUGGCGUCAAAGGCGAGAAUGGCCUUCUCUCUGUCAUCGCUUUUGUUCUUGCAUUCAGUCCUCUUUCGACUCUUUGCCAGGAUAAGACAGCAGCUGCUCCAUGAAAAGGUGCGGAGCAUCAAGCAGCGGUAUCCGAAGAUUUAUGCGGCGCUUACAUCUCGAAUUGCCCCGGCCAUUGGAGCCAGUGUAUCGGGCUUUGCUUUGGGAAUCUGUCCGUCGGAUCAAUUAAGAGUGACCAUUGCCAUUUAUGUGGCUUGCCGGGCUUUGGAAAUUGGCUAUGCCGCCAUUAAGCAUACCGCGUUGACAAAACAGAAGCCUGCGUGGCUCGGCAGUUGGGUAUUAUUCGCCCUCUCGCAGGGUCAACUGCUUCAUGCGUUCGUGUUCGACCGUGAUUGCUUUCCGGAAGCGUAUGGAUCAUUUAUUUUGGGCUAUACGCCAGAAUAUAUUCAACGCAGGCCAGCGGACCUUUCACCGAAGGUAUCGUGGCCUCAUGCAUACGACAUUGUCGAUGCCCUGGCGCAAAUGGCGAGAUUGAGAUGGCCACCGUUUGUCUCACCAAUUCUGCGGCCAAACGAUCCGAAGACCCUACCACGAGGCAUCAAUCCAGUUGUUUCACAAAUCACUUCUCGAGCGCAUCCGGCAACUCAGCAUUUAUCGUGCGCGUUGAUCCAUCCUUCCGACCCGUCAUGCUUCAUGGCGUACUUGCGACACAACCUCAUCUCUUUCCCACAACUGGCAAAGUUCUACACCAUGUACUAUGGGGCUUUUUCGCUGUUGCGAAUGAAGAAAUGGGUGGAUUCACCACUGGCCUCGCUCAAUCGGUUGUCGGAAUCCAUUUUGAGAUCGACCAUGGCCAUUUCAGGAUCGAUUGGGGCAGCUUGGGGAAGUAUUUGUUUCUUCCAAGCUAUUUUCCCUCGAUACUUCCUUCCAAAGUUCCGAUUCGUCUUGGGCGGACUUCUUGGAGGCUUGUUUCAAUUGUUCGAUCGCACACCAGCGGGACAUAUGAAUUCGCUGUACGCGGCCAGGACAAGUGUGGAUUCGUUGUGGAAGGUUGGAGUCAAACACGGAUGGUGGAGACCCAUUCGAGGAGGAGAUGUAUGGCUGUUUGUGGCGGGGCUGGCGUUGGUGAACGUCGUGUAUGAUCUCGGAAAGGGAACGGCAGCUGGUCAAGACCGGGCUAUGAGUCUAAUCAAGAUGCUGAGGGGAGAGGUUGAGUUGGGGCUGCAGAAGAAAAAGGAGAAGGCUACGAUGACUGAAGCGGUGGAGGGUGGUGAGAAGAAGGAGAAAUAG